GAUAAACUGGGACGCGAGAAAAUCUUUCCGAUAGCGCGCCCCAAACCUUUCGCAGAACAACCCAUUUCGUGUAGGGGAGCGCGUGGUUCUACCAAGUACCUCGUAGAACCACUUCUGGCGAACAGAUUGCGAACAAUACGUGAUCUUAAAUUUUCCGUGACCAGUGGCGUGUGCGUGUGCGUUUGACCAGUGCCCGACCAUCACCGUAUCUUGCUGGGAAGGAGUUGAAGUUCUGCAACCGCAAGAGCGGUCAACAACAAAACCACGACCUCGUCCGGUAUAAGAUAGCACAGCAGCGGAGGACAAUUUCGGCCACACCAAGCAAAACCGGUGAUCAUCCGGGUGCCCAAAGGCUCGCGGUCGCCGCGCACCGCAGCGAAGAAACAAAACAGAGAUUCCUCUGCAAGCAAAACAAACGCGUCACAGCCUCAACAGCGCUGGUAAUUACGGGAUUCUGUCGUGCGGAAUACCGUUCGCGAAUGUAGAAACUAGCCUGCCGUUGAGGUAGCAGAAGAUCGGAGAUGUCGGUGAAAAUAUGUCUGGAAAUCGGUCACGUGUGCACGGUAAAGAGUCGGCCAACGGCCGAGGGUUACACGCACGAUUGGGAGCUGUUUGUGCGCGGUCCCGAUGGGAACGACAUAAGCCACUUUGUCGAUAAAGUGAUCUUCAAUUUACAUGAUUCCUUUCCGCGACCGAAACGAGUUUUCAAAGAACCGCCAUAUCGGGUUAAGGAAGCUGGCUACGCCGGGUUCAUGUUACCCGUGGAGGUGCACUUUAAAAACCGUGACGAUCCCAAAAAGGCCGUAUAUAACUAUGAUCUGGAUCUGACGGCGGUGAAAAGCCAGCGCGAGGAGCUGGUGUUUGUCAACCCAUCGGACGACUUCCGGCGCAAGCUCCUGAAGAGCGGUGGUUUCAUGGCGCCCGGAAGUAGCAGCAAUAACAGCAAUGCUGCUGCCGACUAUAAAACCAAUCGGCACAGUAGCAGCGGCGGAGCGGAACGAACCGGCGGUGGUGGUGGAGGUGGAGGCAGCUCUGGAUCGCAGGAGAAAAAAUCGAAAUCCAAGUCCGGUGGCGACGACAGCAAGGGUCCGUAUGCCGAUCUGUUCGGUUCCCCGUUUCCACACAAAUCGGGCAGCGGAAGUAAAGUCUCACCGGAUCCGAAAUCCGGAUCGGGAUCGGGUGGAAGCAAAACGUCCCCGGUGGCUGGCAGUGUAGGUGGAAGUAACAGCUCCGGCAGUGGUGGCAAAAGCCAACCGGGGCAAAAGUCAUCCAACGAUCGUACCACUGCGUCCGGUUCGGUAUCGACGUCGAAGGAAAAAUCUUCAUCCAAGCACAAGCACUCGAGCCCGAACAAAGAGAGCAAGAAGGCUUCCUCCUCCAGCGUUUCGUCAUCGGGCCUUACCGAGCCGGAGAAGCAGCACAGCAAGGAGAAAAAGGACAAAAGCCAUUCGAAGGAUCGCGAUAAGGCGAGCAAAGGCGACAAGAUCUCCAGCAACAGUAGUAGCGGCGGAGCAGGUAGCAACUCUGCCAUGAUGUCGUCAUCGUCCGCCUCUUCAGCGUCCCAGAAGCGACCGGGCAGUACGGCCAACACCGCAUCCAGUGCCAGCUCCAGCAGUAAUGCCAACGGAUCGAGCAAUAGUAAUAAUUCUACAGUUCCUACUAGCGGUACAUCAUCAUCGAGCGUUUCCGCUUCCGGUGGAGGAGGGUCAGCGGCAGCAGCAUCAGCAUCAGCAGCGCCAGGAAGUAAAGCGUCAAAUGACGGCGGCAAACGCAGUGCUACUGGUGGCAGCAGUAGUGGCGGUGGCAACGAAAAGGAAAAGAAAAGUAAGAAGGAGAAAAAAAGCUACGAGAAAGACAAGGAACGGAUCGACUCUUCAUCGAGCGGUAAUGCCCGCAAGGGUGGGGAACAGAAUAAAGCUAUUCCAUCUGGUGCAUCGAUAUUUGGCAAAGAUUCCACCGUGGCCGGUUCCAAGUCCGCUAGCUCCGGUAAAUCUAGCUCUGCGCACCAGCAACCGCCUGGCAACAAUGCCGAGAGUGCUGGCAAAUCAAUUGCCAACGGUGGAGGCGCGGUGGUCGGUAACGGUAGCAACGCUGCCGUACCCGGCAACUCUUCCUCUAGCGGUGGAUACACGAAAGACAAAAAGCAAUCCAGCACCGUGGACUCCGGUGGCAGUGGCACGGGAACCAAACCGGAUCCAGCUGGUGGUAGCUCUGCGAAGGCAAGCGACGCCAAAGAGCGCGAUGAGCGGAAACAUAAACACAAAAAGAAAGACAAAUCAAAGGACAAGGAGAAGGAGCGUCCAUCGAGCGGGAAGGACAAGAAGGAUCGCCAAAAGGAAAAAGGUGACAAGGGUGGUGGAGAUCAAAAGCUGGGCACCGGCUCAUACUCAACGCCGACUCACGGAAUGGCCGAUACAUCGAACGACGGAAGCGCCGUACCAGCAGCACCACCUUCGCGAACAAAGCACUCCAGUGGGGGCAGUGUAGAAUCGAGCACGAAAUCGACAGGCCUGGAUCGUCAGCAACCAGCAACAGCAGGCUCUGCUAAAAGCUACGCUACAUCGGGUGCAUCGCAGCAACCGAAGCAGUCUAGUAGCCGGCAUCACAGCUCAAAGACGGCCGCCCUGAUCGGGGACACUAGUGGCGGAGAGAACUCGGAUGAUUCCGAUUCCGCGCCCGAUGAUCCACCAGCGGUGCUCGCGAACGAUAAAGAUUCGGAAUCGUCAAACAGCAGCAUAGCGGACAUCAUUGCUAAUGCGCCACAGCAACAGCAACAACAACAUCGUCCCUCGUCGGCCAGUCUACAGGAGGCGGCUACCGAUCGGCAUCAACCUACACCCCCGACCAAUCACUACAAGUCGAAGAAAGAGAAACUCAUCAAAGGUGCUGCUUCGGUCGGUACAGUGACACCACCUGUUGAGCCGUCGAAGGAACCGGCACCCUCGGGAGAAUCUUCGAAAAAGCGUAAACGUAAAAACAAGGACAGUGAUGCGGUGGGUGAAAAGGGUGGUGGUGCUACGAAGGAAACUCCCACUCCCGCGAUUCAGAGUGAGGGUGGCCGAGGCGAGCGACGCAGUCUUUCACCACCCUCUCCGAUUGGUGCCUCGGCUAGUGGAAGCCUGAUGGAACCGCCGGUGAAGGUACCAAAGAAGGACGAUCAUCUGUUUGAGGCUGGCAAGCACAGCUCACCGGCCGGUGAGCAGGGUGAUAACUCAAACAACAACAACAAUAACACCUUAAGCCACAAGCAAUCGUCAUCAGCAGCGGGCGGUGGUAGCGUUGGGGGUGAUGAUGACAGCGGUGGCAACGCAUGGCAGCAGGCUGCGGCUGGCGGCGGAACAACCAGCAACCAUCACGCACUGACCGGCGAUUACAUGUCGGAGUUGAAGGAUUUACAGAAGAAAAUCAUGACGCUGCAGGAUAACAACGAACUGCAGCGUGUGGUGGAGAUGAUUGCCGCGACCGGCUGCUAUGAGAUCACCAGUGCCACGUUCGAUUUCGAUCUGUGCGCCCUCGACCGGUUAACCGUGCAACGGUUGCAGGAUUUCUUCGCCACCGAGUCCUAGGUUGCCGGCACCGAAACGGAAAGCCAACCGUACGCACAUACGUGUACAUAUAAUUUAUUUGCUUCAUUUUUUGGAACUCACGAACGGAUGAUGGUGUUUCGAAGAUUCGUCUUGUAUAUUUAUCUUCUCUUGCGUUUGGCCCUACCGAACAACUCGUUGACUCUCACUCUAUUUUUGGAUUAAAUUCAUUUUGCCAGUUUGCCAGAUCAGGUCUUCUUAAGUUAUUAAGGACGAAAGGCGAGUAAGUAGGCUAAGUUAGAUUUACUUUUCAUCUCAGCGUUAGGCUAGGCAAAUAGUAGGCUUGUAGGCUAGCUGGUUAACAGCAAUUUGAAUUCUUGAUUUCAUCGAAUCCUCACUAUACACGCAGUAGGGGAAGGGGCAAGGCGUGUGUCAGCGCCGCUAAUGUGCUUUAGCAGCGUAGUGUGUUUCGAGACGUGUAUAAACCAUCUUAUGUUAGGUCUAGCCCUACCAUGCGCAUACGAUUGGAUUAAAAAUGCAGAACUCUACUUUUAAUCAACUCGGAUUUGUAUUACGUUCUACAUCGGGUCAAAGUACAAAGGAUAUGGAGCAUGUACCUUCCGCUCGUACGGCAAACACAGGCAUAUCAUGCAGUGCCACGAGGUGCUACGCGGAAGACGUUAAUGACAAUGAAUUCUCCUGAUAUACGUAACUCUUGCCUCUCGUAAUCUAAACUCUAGGCUGCACUCUGUGACAAUUUUGGCUCAAACAUUUUUUAAGGCAAACUCAUGUUACGUCUAUCAGGCGUGCGGCAGAAUACAGCGCAACAGUGGUUAUCACUGGCCUUUAAGUUUAAACAAACCGUCAUUGUGCCAGUAAUAGGGAUCUAUUUUGAAAUUUGUGUGAAAUGUUCACCCCCAAUAGUGAAUUUCUAGUAUGCUAGGGCAAAUCGACAAACGGUUUGUCCUGGUCUACUUGGAAUCAAUAUUUGUCGUUCGGUUCGAUUACCUAGAUAGAAACCAAGCUCCUCACAACACACGAUGAACAAAUUAGGAUACUCUACUG